AAGAAACGAAAACAAGGUGCAUGAAGCGGCUUUGCUACGUUUUGCAAACUAUUUGCUGGAGAACACGAAAUGGCUGCAGCUUCUCAGCAAUAUAGGAAAUAAAUCACAUUUUUUUCCUCCAUACUGCAGAGGUGAUGCAGCUGUCGGUCAGCAGUAUCCCACAGUAAACAGAGGGAUGCCUCCGGCAGAGAGCAGCCAUGCCCAGCGCGUCCUCUCCUCCCUGAACCAGCAGAGGGCGGUGGGCAGGUUCUGUGAUGCAGUGUUGAAUGUGGGAGGGGGGGUGGUCUACCUGGCCCACCGCAGCAUCCUGGCCUGCUUCAGUGACCUCUUCCAGCAGUCCAACAUUGCCGCUGCACCCUGCAUGGAGUUCUGCCUCCAGGAGUGCCCCAAAGACGGCCUGGAGCUGCUGCUGAACUUCCUCUACACCGGGGAGCUGAAGCUGGAGGCUGACAACCUGGAGAAGGUUCAGCAUGCAGCCGCCAGCCUGGGCGUUCCUGAGGCUCUCUCCCUGUGUCAGCAGUUCAAGGAGAACCCUGCUGAUUCCCAGCCUUUCAAACGUAAAAGAGGCCGACCCAGGAAGUCCACAUCCGGAGGUGGGAAGUACAUUUACUCAAUCAGAAUCAAAGCUUUUAUUGUCAUAUGUACACAGUGUA